AUGGCGGACAACAGCACCACCACCGAAAGUGCUUCCACCGGCUUCGUUUUCUACCACUAUGAGCCGUCCAUGGUAGCGGCAACUGUCUUUAUCAUCAUGUUUGGGGUUUCCGGUAUGCUGCACAUCUGGCAAUUAUGUCGACGCAAGACGUGGUAUUUCAUUCCCUUUGUGAUUGGGUGCAUUUUCGAAGCAGUUGGUUACGUUGGCCGAGCCAUGUCCGCAUCAGAAGCACCCGAUUAUACCAAGAACCCCUAUAUCAUCCAGUCGAUUCUACUCCUCCUCGGCCCCGCCCUAUUCGCCGCGUCGAUCUACAUGGUUCUCGGUCGUCUGAUUAACCUUCUCGAUGCCGGAGAAUACUCCUUGAUUAGACCCAAGUGGUUGACCAAGGCCUUUGUGCUGGGAGAUGUGCUGUCUUUCUUCGCACAGAGUGGGGGUGGUGGCAUGUUGGCAACAGCCAAGAACAGCGAUAAUGUCAAGCUGGGCGAGAACAUCAUUGUCGGCGGUCUCGGGAUCCAGAUCCUCUUUUUUGGUUUCUCCAUCGUCGUCACACUCGUCUUCCACGUUCGUCUCUCUCGCAACCCUACAUCCAAGUCUCAUACAGUUCAGACACCGUGGAAGGGUCUUCUCUACGUUCUUUACGCCACCAGUUUCUUCAUCAUGGUCCGAUCGCUUUUCCGAGUUGCCGAAUACGUAGGAGGCAAGGACAGCGAGCUCCAGGCCAAGGAGAUGUACAUCUAUAUCUUUGAUGCGACAUUGAUGGGCAUCACGUCUAUGGCCUUCAAUUGGUUCCACCCAAGUCGUGUUAUCAACGCCCAGGCUACCGGCUUGAAGCAAGUCUCUAGCUCAGAGGUGCUCAACGAAGGAUACCUGAUGGAGAGCGGACAAUGCCCGAAGCCGCAACAACAACAACAACAAUACAAGGACCCACGCUACGAGCCUUACCAAAGGGCAGCUGGUCAGCAGGGGUUUCGUAGGUGA